AUGUCUGGCGUUCCUUCCCGACGCGGGAUGCUCCAGUCCGAGAGCAUUCAGAUUUUGUGUCUGACAGCAUCCAGUGGGGUUCCACUGUUCUCCCGUGGCUCCUCCAAGCAGCUUCCCUUUUCCAUAAUCGGCUCCCUGAAUGGCGUGCACAUGUUUGGUGCUGGUCACGAUGCCGUUCUGUCCUGCUGUGAGACGCGGCAUGGAGGACAGGUGAUCUGGAGAGUGUUCCAUGACAGCUUAAUGCUUAUUGCCGUGAGCAGCCACGCUAACGUGAGCGAGCUGCAGUUGCGCCGGCUACUGGAGAACGUGUGGAACUGCAUGGUGCUUGUUUUAGGGCUGGACGAGCUGACCAAUGCGCGGAAUGUGGAGCGGCUGAAACGGGAGUUGCGAUCCUGCUACCGUUUAAUCGAUGCGCUUCUCGAACGCAGCACGAAACUGGACAGUAAGGGGCUUAUGGGAGAUUUAACACAUUGCGCUGAUUGUAUUCUGGUUUCUCAACCCUCCGUCCUGCAGGAGGCGCUAGAUGCAUUCAGCAGGGCUGUUGAAAGCGAGUUCGGCUGCUUGCUUAUCGAUGGCAGGCUAGCGUUGGGUACGGAGAAAUGGUGGCGCCUCGCUCCACAGGAACUCGUCCUUCUUACGACUCUUGUGAAUUUGCCUUCUGGAGUAACUUCAAGUGAAUAUCCUGUUUAUUUACCUCAAGGUAGCCCCAACGUUGCCCACAGGCUGCUGUGCUUCCAUUUGCUACCCGGUGCCGUGGUUUGUGCCCUGUGCGGCCCUAAAACAUCUCUAUUUCAGGCAGAAACUGCACUAGUUAGCCGUUUUUGGUUUCCAGUAGUGGAAAAUCUGCGCUCCUGUCUGAAACAAGCCGAGCAAUCGGCUCUUUCCCCUUCCGUAAGUCUACGCCGGGACGUCCUAGCUCUGCUGCUAAUCAACCGCGACUCACGCCGAUCCCUAACAACUCUCGGCCCCGGCUCGUCAAAAUCUCGCCACUGGGAACUUCUGCGCCUGUUCUAUACGUUCGCAGAGACUCGCUACUUUGCACCGGAGGAAGCACCAGUGUCAGUGCCAGUGCCAGUGCAGUCUACGACUACAACCACAGAUCCACUUCACGAAAACUUUUCCAAAGGUUUUACCCAUCAGCCCGUGCACUGCUACCUCGUGACUGAUGAAUGUAAAUGCUAUGCCAUACAAACACCUCAGCAUCAACUGUUCCUCCUCACAGAUCCCUCCUUGCCCACCUUCGCCCUACGCUCCAUCACCACUCAAACACUGGAUGCUCUGACCACGACGACAGGCUUCUAAUCAUCACUGGGUUACAGGACUCUCUCAGCAGCUCGGGGUAAAAUGGCUCAGGAUGUGGGGCAGCACCGGCA